CGACGCGCAUCCCAACGACAUCCUCGCGAUGACUUCCGCGAUAUUGACAUUUCGCAGUUGGAAGAAAAAAAGACGGCCGCGAUUAAUUGCACGUGAACGGAGGACAAAAAUCACGAUCGUACGACGAAUUUUACGAACGACGGAUCCCACGUGCAACAGCAGUCCCGUCCUCUUCUCAGCGAAGAUUGAACUUGAAAGAUUAAACACAGCUACAGAUGACAUUAAUAAACUAGAAGUUGAUUUAGAUGAAGCAAGAGCAACCUUUAGAGAAUUAUUGUGCGAAUCAACAAUCAAGAUCGACGGUUUAGCUAAGAAACUUGGAGCUUGCAUUGAAAAGUCCAGACCAUAUUAUGAUGCUAGAUUUAGAGCAAAAGAGGCAUUACAAGAAACGCAGAAGGCUGCGAUUAGAUUUGAGAGAGCCAAUAGUCAACAUUCUGCAGCUAAAGAAAUGGUUUACUUAGCAGAAGAAGGAUUACGAACUGAAGGAAGAUGCUUUGAUCAUGCUUGGCAGGAAAUGUUGAAUCAUGCUACAUCGCGAGUUAAUGAAUCGGAACAUGAAAGAGCUCUUUCUGAAGCAGAACACAGGCAUACAACAGCAUUAUAUCACAAAGCGGAACACGAAGUUCAAAGGUUACAGCGCGAUUUAAAACGUACUAUUGCCAAAUCAAGUAUGGGUGCACGUCGCAGCUUGCUUCUGAUAAACAGUAUCGCCUACAGGCACAACUUGCUCAUGUUGCCUUACUAUGAGAUGAAAGCGCACUUUAAUCAAAUGCUGGAGGAGCAGAAGAUGAAAGUCAGUGUGCUGGAGAGAUCAGUUAGUGAAGCAAAAGCUUCAUAUGCAGAAGCGUUACGAAAUCUAGAAAAGAUCAGUGACGAGAUUCAUAGGACAAGGAGAUAUGACGGUAUGGAUGACUAUGUUAAACAUGCACGAGACGCGCCCGAUCAUUCCAACGCGCAAAACAACACGGCAACUCCGACGGAUUCCAGUGUAACUGGAUCUCCGGACAGUACGGAUUAUACUAGCGACGAAUAUUUACGCCUUCCCGACAAGAUGAGUCCGAAUGUGCAAUGUCCUAUGCCUACUAAAAUCGAAAGAGAUUCCUCGUCGGAAUACUUGGGCCUAAACAAUCUGAAUCUUUCGUCUACCGAACCUCGUAAAUACAUAAAACGUGAUCGUCCACGAAGCAUCGCAACCACAGAUUCGAAACAUAUCGUACCGACUUUAAAUCACACAAGUUCUUCUGCACCAGGCUUGGCGGAUUUGUCAGGUAUUAUAUCUCCCAUCGAGAAGAGAGUGAAAAUUCAGACACCUGUGAACGAUAACAAGAAUAAUGCUACUACUCACAAUGGAGAUGAAUGGACGGAAAUUAACCUGAACAAUUCGCCGGAUGAAAUUUAUUACAACAAUGACAUGUACUCCGAUGAGGAAGAUCAAAUUCCCUACAAACCGCUACCGAUGGAUCUGAGUCCAGAAAACACUCAGCAAAUUAGCGCAACUGCCGAACCACUGAAAGAGCAAACCAAUCGAAAAAGAUUAAUAACGCAAAAGUCUUUACCCACAAUGUCAAAAGUAAACGAAGUUACUUUAAGCGAAGAGAAAAAAACCGAAGUUACGAGAAGCCCUUCGAUAAAAAAUAAAGGCAAACUCGAUGGUAGCUUAGCCAAUUGGAUAAUUAGGAGUUCAGCCUGUGGCGAGGCUAGCGGUGGUAGUUCCACAAAUUCAAGCAGAAGACAAUCUCUCGAUAUGUUGUGGAGUGGUGGUACUGGGGAGCGUGUUAAGGAAUUACUCAAUCAUGGUAUGAUGAUGCUAAACAUAUCUAGUUUGACGGAACGACGUUCUAGUGAACCAAAGACAGCGGAGAGAGAUAAGGACAAGUCUGAAAAGUCUGAAAAAUCGGAAACUAAAGGAAAGAAAGUCCCCAGUCCAUUAGAAAAGACAAUGAGCUAUCUAAAUGCAGAUGAAGAGACAUCGGACAGCGAAAGUUUGGCUAGCGUGGAGAUGUUAACGGAAGAUCAGAUUUCUUCACUUAUGAUGGAGCCAGACAUGAACCAAGUAUGUCAAGAAAUUCUGGGAACUCCCUUAGUUGAAGUAUGUCCGCUGUUGCAACAACUGCAGCAACAACAACAAUAGCCUUAUCGCGGGAAGAUUUGUGUAAUCGAAUGGCAAAGAUUCAACAAUAGAAAGUGUUCAAGAUCGUUAUAAAAUGGUAAUAUAAUUAAGGACAUCCUUUCUUUCCAUUAAGAUAUUGAGGAUAUAUUAUAUU